CCUUCUUCCAUUUACUCGUGUGUGUGUUUGUGUGUAUGUGUGUGUGUGGGACUGGGGGGCUGACCUGACCAGCAGCAAUCUCAGAGACAGAAAAGAAAAACACAAUGUGAGGAUAAAGGGAGCACUUAGAAAAACCCAGUAGACCAGGACGGCUCGGCGUUGGACCGUCCGCCUCAGCAGCUCACGGACACGGGUGACUCUAGGCUGAGGCUGCGGAGCCUCAACAGCAGACUCGGUCCCAGGGAGCGGAUGGACAGGAGCAGAGACCCCGAACAGUCCCGUGGAAGGUAGCAGACGGAGUUACCAUGCCGAUCGAUGACAGCGCGGGCCGUUUUCCCGCCUUCACGACCCCGCCCAACGGCCGCCACCAGCGGUCGCCGGGCUACGUUCCGGGCCGGGUGGCGCCCAUUCGCUCCCCCCCUCCCACCAAGGCCCCCCCGCCGCCGCCGCCGCCGCCCUCCAAGCCCCGCGGCCCCCCCCCGGAGCGACACACAGCGACCUUUAACCUCUCGGAGGACCGCCGCCGCCGCGAGCACGCCCUGAACCUCCUGCGGCGGAGGAACACCUUCAUCUGCUUCGGCGUGUCCUUCGGCGUGCUCUUCCUCACGCUCAUCCUCGUCCUCAGCCUGACGGACGGCGAGGUGCUGGACGAGAACUGUCCCGACCACAGCCCGUCGCUGAGCAGUUGGAAGCCCGGCCACCAACCAGAGAAGGCCUUUGUCAUCAGAAGUGGAAGCCAGCUGCGAUUGGAAGAAUCCGCCACUUUCCAUUCCAUAACCAUCCAAUCAGGGGGUGCGCUGGUGUUCGCGGACGACGCCGCGGGCUCCCGGAACAUCACCCUGCGGACGCGCCACAUCCUGAUCCAGGACGGCGGGGCGCUGCACGUCGGCGCGCCCAAGUGCCCGUACCGGUCCCGGGCGGCGGUGGCCCUCCUGGGCCGCUCCGACGACCCCGCCUCCGUCGCCGGGGCCGAGGUGCCCGCCAUGGGCCGCAAGUUCAUCGGCGUGGCGGCCGGCGGCACGCUGGAGCUCCACGGGCGCCGGCGGGUGUCGUGGUCGCUGCUGACCCGCGGCGUGCCGGCCUCGGGCCUGGCCACCGGCGGCUACUCCUUCCAGCGCAACUUCAGCCGCGGGAUCAACCUGCGCGUGGUGGACCAGGACACGGCGGCCGUGCUGCUGCUGGAGCGCUUCGACACGCACGACUCGCGCAACGACAGCCUGCGGCUCUCGGAGCUGCUGCGCGCGCUGCCGGCGGGCCGCGUGGUGGCGCUGGCCGUGGGCGACUCGGCCGCCAAGAGCCUGCUGGACGACACCAAGAGGGCGGUGGGGGAGCGGCUGGGGAGCCGCUACGUCUACGACCUCAAGUACAGGCAGGCGUGGGCCCUGGUGUCGGUGGUGGGGGGCGGGAACGCGUCGUGCUCGGAGGACGCGCGCGAACACGAGAACCACAACACGGGGGGCAAGGCCCUGGCCCGCCGCAACUUCACCACCACAGAGGGCGUGGCCUUCUCUGUCACGGCCUUCAGCGAGUGGAGCAACGGUUUCCCAAUCUCGGGCUUUCAGGUGGAUGCCGUGGACCAGGUGGUGCUGAACCUGCAGGACGAGGUGCAGCAGACCUGGCAACAGGGCGACCAGAUCGUGGUUGCCAGCACGGACUACUCCAUGCACCAGGCGGAGGAGUUCACGCUGCUGCCCUGCGCCCACUGCUCCAGCAGCCAGGUCCUGAUCCAGGGGAGGCCCCAGUACACCCACAUGGGGGAGAUCGUGGACGGGGUGGACAUGCGUGCCGAGGUGGGUCUGCUCUCCAGGAACAUUCUAAUUUACGGGGAGAUGGAAAACUCCUGCUACGGAAACAACUGGUGCCAGUUCUACAGCCACGACACCUAUGGAGGCCACAUCAAGAUCCUGGCAAACUUCACGUCGGUGCACCUGUCCCACGUGGAGCUGAGGCACAUGGGCCAGCAGGCGGUGAGGGGCAGCUACCCGCUGCACUUCCACCUGUGUGGCGACGUGGACCAGCGGGGGGGCUACCGGCAGCCCACCGCCGUGGACGGCCUCUCCAUCCACCACUCCUUCUCCCGCUGCGUCAGCAUCCACGCCACCAACGGCCUGCUGGUCAGGGACACGGUGGGCUACGACACGCUGGGCCACUGCUUCUUCCUGGAGGACGGCAUUGAGCAGCGCAACACGCUGUUCCACAACCUGGGGCUGCUGACGCGGCCUGGCACCCUGCUGCCCACCGACCGCAACGACACCCUCUGCACCGCCCUCAGGGACCGGGUGCACCCGGGGUACACGCCCUCGCCCAGCACCGAGUGCAAGGCAGUCUCAACCUUCUGGAUCGCCAACCCGAACAACAACCUGAUCAGCAACGCGGCCGCCGGUUCUCAGGACGCUGGCAUCUGGUUCGUGUUCCACAGCGCCUCCACGGGGGACUCCCAGGGCCUGGUGCCCGAGACCAAGGCCGAGCUCACCCCCCUGGGCAUCUUCUACAACAACCGGGUCCACUCCAACUUCAAGGCUGGGCUGUUCAUUGAUAAAGGUGUGAAGACGACCAACGCCACGGCGAAGGACCCCAGGGAGUACCUCUGUCUAGACAACAGUGCCAGAUUCCGGCCGCACCAGCACGCCGACCCCAGCCGUCCGCGAGUGGCGGCGGUCAUCGACACGCUCAUCUCCUUCAAGAACAACGACCUGGGGGCCUGGAUCCGGGGAGGGGACAUCAUCAUCAGGAACUCUGGGUUUGCAGACAACGGAGUGGGCCUGUCCUUUGCCAGCGAUGGCAGUUACCCUAAGGAUGAGGGCUCCAGCCAGGAGGUGAGCCAGUCCCUGUUUGUGGGCGAGAGCCAGAACCGGGGAACCAACGGGGGGCAGAACAAGUACUGGGGCCUGGGCGGCUCCGAUGGGAAGAUGAGGACACUGCCCAGAAACAGGACGUUCCCGAUCCGCGGCUUCCAGAUCUACGACGGGCCGGUGCGUCUGACCAGCAGCACGUUCCGCGGCUUCGUGCCCACGGCCGAGCGGCUCACCAGCGCCGUGGGCUUCAGCCUGAAGAACACCUGGCAGCUCACGCCGCGCAACAACCUGUCCCGCCUCCACUUCCACCCCAGCGUGGGUCUGCGGGCGUUCUUCGGCCGGCCCGGCCAGUGGUUCGAGGAGAACGACCUGGACGGCGACAAGAACUCCAUCUUCCACGAUGUGGACGGCUCGGUGACGGGCCGCGCCGGCGUGUUCGUGGGCCGCGCCGACAACUUCCUGAUCCAGCAUCCCGCCUGCGCCAACCUGUCCCGCUGGAACGCCGUGGCCUGCAGCGGCCGCUACGCCCAGGUGUACAUCCAGACGCACGGCGCCCCCAGCCUGACGCUGUCCAUCGUCAGGGACGAGUACCCGCAGGCGCCUCUGCUGCUGCGGGGCACCAACAGCCAGGGGGCGCUGUCGCAGCAGUACCAACCCGUCCUCAUGAUGAGCAAGAGCUACACGCUGCACUGGAGCGGCCUGGCGCCCCGCGACGCGGUGCUGUCACUCAUCAACUACGACAGAGGGGACUGGACCCUGGUGGGGAUCUGUUACCCCUCUGACACCACCUUCCAGGUCAUGGCCGACACCAACGAUCGCCAGGGCAACAGCUUCGACGACAUCAGCGACUACGGCACGGUGGGCUCGCUGGCUGAGCUGGCGAGGGCGCCGCUGGACAGGAAGUACUUCUUCGACCGCGGCGUGGGGCUGCUGUGGUUGUACCUGCGGGCGCGUCACGGGCCGCGAGGGCCACACAGCUACUGCUCGUCGCGCGGCUGCGAGCGGGUCCGGGUGGUGGCCACCACCGCCUCCACGCAGACCUGCGACUGCACUGCCAAGGCCUACCCCAAGUACGCCAAGACCCCCCUCGCCCAGCCUGCCCAUGCCCCCCCCCUCUCCGACGCUCCCUGCACGGACUGCGGGGCCAAGCAGCUGGUGUUCUCCAGCGAGCCCUGGACCUCCUACCUGCACACCCAGAUCAAGUCCCUGAGCACCAAGGAGCUGCAGAGUGGGGACAACAGCUCCUUCAUCACUGUGAGGGGGCCCCACAGCACCCUACAAACAGCNNNCUUCUACAUGCUCUGUGUGGACGCCUGCUCAGGGAAAGUCCUCAAAAAGAACUAUUUUGCCGCCGUGGACGCGAACAUGAAACAGUUUCUGAAACAUUGGUUUACAGGGGUGUGUGUCUCCUCUGUCUAGGUCCAUCGGUUCUCACUGGCAACCCGAGGGGAGCCGGUGGGGAUUGCUGACGUUUCGUCUCAUCUGGUCCCCCUGGGGUUGGCCAAGACGGCCCACCUGCUGGGGAAGGUUGCGUUGGCGUUCUGGGGGUUCCAGGGUCCAGCGGGUUCCCCGGGCCCCCCCCUCCCCUGGGUGUCCCUCCAGACCGGCCAGGGGGAGGAGGUCCUGGGCCCCAGGGAGCGCUACCUGCCCCUGGGCCUGGAGGUCUACGGCUGCCCCCCCGACAAGACCCGGACCCGCAAGGACCUGGAGCUGCUGAGCACGGCCACAGAGCUGCACUGAGCGGCGGGACCCCCAAAGAGACACACACACACACACACUGACACAUGUACACACACACACAUACCCAUACACUUACACUAACACCAACACAUACAUCCAAACAUACAUACAUUAAAACGCACGCACACACACUAACACACACACAUAUGACCAUACACACACGCACACGUACACUAACACCAACACAUACAUGCGGACAUAAAUACGCACACACACUAACACUUAAACACACACACACACACUAACACUCUCACACGAACACUCUCACACACACAUAUUAUGUACAGACACACACACAUAUACAAACACACACAUACACACACACACGAAAACCAGCUGAUGAAUGUCAACUGCUGAACUUUUAAUUUAUUAAUCACAGCAAACGAAAAACAAUGUUUACCGGUUUGACGUGUGUGUGUAUGUGCAUGUGUGCAUUUCAGUGCAUGUGUGUUAAAAUCGCUUUGGCAGGACCGGUGAACAAGUGCACUUUCCUUAACACACAGAAAGCCUUAUAGCCACAGCCAUACAUGCAGUUAUCUAUACAGUGUACCAGGGAAACUGAGAAGAUACUGCGCAGUCUAAAUCCAUAUAUCUGCUCUGAACUGGACAAGAUCUGCACUUCAGACUCAGAUGGGAUAACAUGAGAAAUUGCCAGGUCACCAUAUUGGAAAGAUCAAUUGAAAUGUUAAAGUUAAAUUAUGAAAUGUUAUAGAUGUUAUGUAUGCAGCACAAAGUGAGACUCUUCCUCAACCAAUAUGUUGAGCGCAAACGUGAGUGUAACCAAACCGAGCCGGGGCGGUCGAUUCACACUCCUGCUUGUGUGUUCUCACUCCUGCUUGUGUGUUCUCAUAGCACCAGAGGGGGCAUUUAUUAAUAACCAGUAUAAAGCCAUAUUCACACAGCCAGAGUCAAGCAGCCUUCACGAGUGAAGCAGGAUCUUAUAUUAUCGCCACAGCUUUAUCUAGCUUUUUUACACUCAAAAAAGGCACUAGGUUGAACACAACUGAAGACCAUGUGUAAACUUUUACUUCGGCCAGGCAUGUGUACGAGGCAUGCUGUUCAGAGGCUGAGAUGUCUGCUCUUUUGUUAGCUUUUCCAAACGGGUUUCUUCUCCCCAAGCCAGUGUUGGAUCUCAAGGGGAACAACCAAACCGCAUUUCAUCCGUCUGUUUAUCAGCGCCUUGGCCUGCAGGAACAGAGCUCCUUGCUUUUCUGUUAUUCACUUCACCUUGUAGUGUUGUUGUGUUAUGGAUUGGAAAUACCUGCUCUCAUUUUAGUGCCACAAGGCCGCAGAGUACACUCACAGAGUUGGAACGGCCCAAACACUCGCUUGAAGCACAGAGGAGCGGUUUGAGUUCUAAUUGAAAAAGGAGAGUUCUAAUUGUUAAAAUGCGACAAAACCCUGCACUGUAUUCCUUUUGAACUCCCCAUCCACCCCUUGUCUUUGGUCUCCCUGUCUUUUCCUGUGCGUCCGCAGCAACUGAAUGUGGAUUCAGAUGAGUCGCUGAGAUCACUGUGCAGCUCUGGAAACGAAAGACACAGGGCACUUUUUUUUAUAAUCUGGAUUCCUGUAGAAGCAACUGGAUGUUCUGUUCCGUGUUUGUAUUGACCUCUCCGGAGUGCGUCGUCCCUUCGUGCUAGGAACACAACAGGCACUGUUCUUAAUAUACCCUAUCCAGUUUCUAACCAUCUCUGGAAUCGAUGUGUGUUUUAUCCCCUAAUCUGCCUCACGUCUCAACUGGUCGGAGGUGAAGCGAUGAGAUGGCGUUGCUUUUACUUUAGGAGCAGAAGAAUUUUUUUCUGCGGCAGUCUGGAAAGACAGAGCCCCAUCCUUCAGGCCUUAUAACGCAGCUUGUAUUUAAAGAGUGUUUGGAUGAGAGCAGGCUCCCCAAAAACAAGGCACACCCGUGUGUGUGUGUGUGUGUGUGUGUGUGUGUGUGUGUGUGUGUGUGUGUGUGUGUGUGUGUGUGUGUGUGUGUGUGUGUGUGUGUGGGGGGGGGGGGGGGCUGCAUUGCUUGCUGUUUAUAUUUGCGUAUGUCUGAGUGUGUGUGUUUGUGUGUGUGUGAUUGUGUGCGUGUGUGUGUGUCUGUAGGUGUGCGUGAGUGCGUGAUUGAGUACCUUUCUGCCAGUGUGUGAUGGAGAGAUUCCCUGCAGGACAUGUACCCUGUAGCCCUUUAACCACUCUACUGUCGGAGAGAAAGAAGUCACAUUUCAGAGGGAAGAGGUUAACGUUUAUUGACUUGCGAUCACUUAACGCUUCAAGGACGCACGGCGCCGCAGCCCUAGGUUUUGUUCAGAAGCAGGCUGAAUAUUGUAAUGUAAAUAUAGUGUCUUUUGUUUUUUACUCUAAAUGUAAAUGCGAUUGAAAUGUCAAAAAUGUAUUGUUGAUAGUUUAUCGAGCUGUGAGAGACGUGAUUCGUUAACGUGAAUUGCCGGGACAGUUCCACCAAGUUAAGCCAAUAAACGUCCUGUAGUUAUGGAAUUUCUGAUGAAAAUGUUGGGUUAAUAAACAUGAAUGCUUUGGCAAAACUGUU